AACCAGAGAGAGAGGGGCAGCGUGGACUCCAUAGAAAUAGCAAAAAUACCCAAACAGAGCGGCUAACGCGGAGCUAAACACAGUUUUGAUGACCCGAUGGGGAGUCUGAAGAGAACAAUCAACACAGGAGGACAAAACAAAAACGUGUGGAUCGGCCUGUGAAGGCUUGUGGGUGCGAAGAAGAACGUCGCUUUUGUGAGGAAAUUCGUCGCUUUCUGUCGGUAUUGAACAAAGCUGGAAACGACUGGACGCGAAAGACGGCUGAAAAGUUUCCGGUUAGACACAGAGGAUCUGUGCUUGGCAAUGCCUCUGCCGAGCAUCAGUGGGAUGGAUCCUCCUUUUGGGGAUGCCUUUGACAACUACACCUUUACUGACCAGGCACUGACCAGUACAGAUCUGCUGGCGAGCAGCUCGGACCCUGACUUCAUGUACGAAUUGGACAGAGACAUGACUUGCCGGCAGAGCCCAAGGGCGGACAUCUUCUCGUUCGGAGACUGCAAGGAGAUCGAGAGCAUCGAGCACUUGACGGAGAUCCUGGACACCGACCCCACCUACAACUCCAACUUCGAGCAGUGGGACACGUACUGGGAGGACCUGACCAAGUACACCAAGCUGACCAGCUGCGACAUCUGGGGGACGAAGGAGGUGGACUUCCUGGGGCUGGACGACUUCUCCAGCCCCUACCAGGACGAGGAGGUGAUCGGGAGGACGCCCACGCUGGCGCAGCUCAACAGCGAGGACUCGCAGCCCGUGUGCGAGACGCUCUACCACCCAGACCUGCUGCAGAGCCAGAAGCAGCACAGCGGCCCGCCCCCGUCCCACGGCAAGAAGCCGGCCAGCAGGCAGGCCGCCCCCAGCUCGUCCUCGGCCAGAAGCCUGCUCCCGGACUACGCCGAGGGCUCCCAGAAGGCCACCCGGCCCGUUCCCUCCAGCACAGAGACCAUGUCCAAGGCCCAGGCUCCGGGGCUCAAGGCGACGGCCCCGCCCACGGGCGGCAAGGACUACGUGCGCAAGGCCAAGGUGCGCAUCAGCGGCCUGCACCGGCCCGUGACAGACGCCACGCUGCUGCAGGCCAACAUCACCGUCAGCUCGCCCUUCGCCGACGGCCCCGCCGCGGCCGCCGUGUCCGCCCCCGUCGCUCCGGCCGCCGCCCCCGCCAUCGCGCCGGCCGGCGGCGGCGCAGUUGCCGCCGCCUCCCCCUGCACUGAGAAGAAAGUGGACAAGCCCCGGCUGGAGGUGGCCCCCGUUCAGGAAAGUGGCUCGGCCCAGGCAACGGGCUGCCAGCUCUUCCCCGUGGCGGGAGGCAGCCAGGGCCUCCUCCACACCAACGCCCUGGGGGGCGACACUCCCAGGGAGAAGGAGGAGGAGCACAACUACUCCCUGUUCGUGACCCAGGGAAAGCUGGCCGGAAAGGUGGAGCCGGACAUGGAGGAGGAAGAGGAGGAGGAGGAAGAGGAGGAGGCGGCGGAGGAGGCGGAGCUGGACGACGAAGACCAUGACGAGGGCUUUGGCAGCGAGCACGAACUCUCGGAGAACGAAGAGGAAGAGGAGGAUGAGGAAGAGGACUACGAGGAUGACAAGGAUGAUGACAUAAGCGACAGUUUCUCCGAGCCAGGUUGUGAUAACGAUGUUGUGGAGGAUGUGAAAGGCUUGACGGCGGGGUUCUCUCGGAAGAGGGGCAAGCGCCGGUACUUCUGGGAGUACAGCGAGCAGCUCACCCCCUCCAAGCAGGAGCGCAUGCUGAAGCCCUCUGAGUGGGACCGGGACACACUGCCUAGCAACAUGUACCAGAAGAAUGGACUGCACCACGGGAAGCACACGGUGAAGAAGUCCCGGCGCACGGACGUGGAGGACCUCACCCCCAACCCGCGCAAGCUGCUGCAGAUCGGGAACGAGCUCCGCAAGCUCAACAAGGUGAUCAGCGACCUGACGCCCGUCAGCGAGCUGCCGCUGACCGCCCGGCCCCGCUCCCGCAAGGAGAAGAACAAGCUGGCCUCCAGGGCCUGCAGACUGAAAAAGAAAGCGCAGUAUGAAGCCAACAAAGUCAAGCUCUGGGGCCUCAACACAGAAUACGAUCGACUUCUGUUUGUGAUCAACGGGAUUAAAGAGGAAAUUGUGAACAGAGUGCAGGAUCUGACAGAUGACAAGGGAACAAGCAUGGCUGAAAAACUUGACCGACUUAUCAGCGAAACCCUAGUGAAGUCACCUGUUGCCGGGCAGACGUCGGAUUUUGUGAACCAGAUUUUGGAGAACACAGCCGGGGGGGACCCCACGGGGGGUCUGGUGGGGCUCCGCGUCCCCACAUCGAAGGUUUAGGGAGGCGCUCUGGAGGCCCCUGGAGCAGAGGAGUCCCAUCCACCACCAUCCCUGUCCCAACACUGUAACACCGUUCUGUUCUGCAUGU